AUGCGGGCAUUACUGCUUGUUUCUUUUUUGAGCGCCUGUUUGGCUGCUGAUGUCAGUGAUUGGAAAACAGGAGAUGUCACGGGAGAAAUAGUUGAAAAGAAAGAUUUUCCUUGUUAUUCAUUAUCUCGAGAUAACUAUACUUGUGGAGCUUGUAUUCAGUUUCAUGAGUCUUGUGCUUGGUGUGGAGCUCCACUCUUUGAUCAGAAAAAGCCUUUCCCUCGCUGUGAUAACAGAGCUAGCCUUCUUGAACAUGGUUGUCCUGAAAGUUACAUCGAGGAUCCAGAAACUAAGCUGGAGAUCGACAGAAAUGAACCUUUGACUAAUCAAGGUGAAGCCGAGAAGGAAGAAGAUGCUACUCAACUUAAACCUCAGGAAAUAUUUGUUGAAAUCAGGCCAAAAUCUCGUGUUCGUUUUAAUGUAACAUAUCGCCAAGCUGUUGAUUAUCCUGUUGAUCUUUACUAUUUGAUGGAUCUGUCAUACUCCAUGAAGGAUGACAAGAAGAAACUUUCCGAAUUGGGAGACCUUAUCGCUGAACGUAUGAGAUCCAUCACCAAAAACUUCCGUCUUGGUUUCGGUUCUUUCGUCGAUAAGAAGCUGAUGCCAUUCAUCGAUCCUCGCCCAGAGAAGCAAAAAUCACCAUGCCCAGAGCCUUGCGCCGAGCCUUACGGAUUCAAGCAUCAAAUGACUCUCACCACUAACACAGAGAAGUUCAAGGCUGAAGUAGACAAGGCUGAGAUCUCAGGAAAUUUGGAUGCUCCUGAAGGUGGUUUUGAUGCUGUUGUUCAAGCUUUAGCUUGUAAUCAAACAGGAUGGAGAGAACGCGCCCGUAAAAUGAUCGUUUUCUCUACUGACGCAGGUUUCCAUUUUGCCGGAGACGGAAGAUUAGCUGGAGUUGUUGAACCCAAUGAUGGUCAAUGUCAUUUGGACAAUCAUGGAUACUACACUGAGACUCUCAAUCAAGAUUUCCCAUCAAUCGCUCUUCUCCAUCAAAUGAUCAAAGAGAGAAAAGCCAAUAUCAUCUUUGCUGUUACCCAAAGCAACAGAGAACUUUACACACAGCUCUCUGAAGCUCUCCCUGACGUCUCUUCAUCUGUAGGAGUUCUUGCUAACGACUCCCGCAAUAUUGUCGAACUGAUUGCCAAUGAAUAUCUUAAGAUCAGUGAGAAGAUCAUCAUGGUAGACAAUGCUAACGUCAGUGAUGGACUCAAGCUCUCUUACAGAAGCAUGUGCUUAGACGGAACAACCUUGAAAGAUACCAACGUUUGUGAGGGAAUCCGUGUUGGUGAUGAAGUUCAGUUUGAGGUUACUCUUGAAAACACUCACUGUGUUGACAAGCGUGAUUUCGUUCUUCGUAUUGGACCUUCUGGAUUAGAUGAGACUCUUGUUGUUAACGUCAAAGUCUUGUGUGACUGUGAUUGCGAGAAUGAGGACCGAAUUGUCAAAAAUGCCGAAGAAUGCCAUGGAGGAGAUCAAGUGUGCGGAGUAUGCCGUUGUAAGAAUGGACAUGUUGGUAAAUACUGUGAAUGUAAUCGCCCAGGAAUGAGCACUGCUGCUUUGAACGAGAAAUGCAAACGUACUAAUGAGUCUGCCAUCUGCGAGGGUCGUGGAGUUUGCAACUGUGGUAGAUGUGAAUGCAACCCCAGAUCUAACCCAGAAGAACAAAUUUCUGGAGAUUUCUGUGAAUGCGACAACUUCAACUGUCCCCGCCACGAUCGCAAAAUCUGUGCUGAACACGGAGAUUGUAACUGUGGUCGCUGUAUCUGUGCCCCUGGAUGGACUGGAAGAGCUUGUGAGUGCCCAAUCAGUACUGAUUCCUGCCUCUCAGCCAAUGGAAAGAUUUGCAACGGAAAAGGAGAAUGUAUUUGUGGAAGAUGUCGUUGCUUCGACGGACCAGAUGGUAACCGAUAUUCCGGAGCAAAAUGUGAAAUUUGCCCAACUUGCCCAACUAAGUGUAUUGAAUACAAGCCUUGUGUUAUGUGCCAAAUGUGGAAGACGGGACCAUUCAAUGAGACUCGUUGUGACGAAUGUCCAUUCAAAGUCAUCCCUGUUGACGAACUCCCAGUUCUGAAUGAAACUACCUCUUGCCAGUUCGUCGAUCCUGCAGAUGACUGUACUUUCUAUUAUUUGUACUAUUAUGACGAGAGCGCUGAUAAUGCUACCGUGUGGGUCAGAAGACACAAAGAUUGUCCUCCCCCAGUUCCUGUUUUGGCAAUUGUUUUGGGAGUCAUUGCUGGAAUUGUCAUCUUAGGAAUCAUUCUUCUCCUCGUCUGGAAACUAUUGACAGUCUUACAUGACAGAGCUGAAUAUGCCAACUUUGCGAACGAUAGGUUGAUGGCUAAAUGGGAUACUAAUGAGAAUCCUAUCUACAAGCAAGCUACUACGACAUUCCGCAAUCCUGUAUAUGCCGGCAAUAAGAACAAAGGUUUAUAA